AUGGAUUUUUUAUCAUUACCAAAACAUCUCCAAAUUAAUAUUCUUAAAUGUGUUGACUGGAAAAGUAUAAUUAAUGUAAAAUUUUUUGAGAAACCAAAGUUAUGUGCUAUAAAUAUUGAUUGUGGAAAACAAAAAAAUAUUACAGAGAGAAUAAAAAUAGCAUAUUUAAUAUGUAAUGAAGAACACCAAGAUGAUGAAUUUCAUGUUGAUGAAGCAAAAAAAAUUUUUUUUACCAAUAUUGAAGGUUAUGAAGAUUUUCUUAGAAGUAAUGAUUUAACAAUAUUAAAACAUAUUUUUAUUGAUAUAUGCAGUGGUACAGAAAUCAUUAAAUUAUUCAACAAGUAUUACAAGGGAGGAAACUAUAUAAAAGAAGUUGAUCUUUAUGACUAUGGUAGAAUAAAAAAUAGUAUAUGUAAUGAUAUAUUAGAAUUUAUAAAUAAGAUAAGAAAUGCUGAAUACAUAAGUUUAGUAUUAAAUUUUCCAAAUGACCAUUUACCUAAAGAUUAUAUUUUUCCAAAAAUGAAUUUCUUAAGUCGUUUAUACAUUGAAGAAAGAAAUGGAACAAAUUUUGUUACAAAAGAAAUGAUUCUUCAAUUAAUAAACAAUAGUAGUGUUGAUUUUUCUCUUGCUAUUUCAUUUAAAAAUGAAAAUAUUUAUUUAGAUGUUGUAAAAUGUUUUACAGAAAAAGUAGUUUUUUGUAUGAAAAAUGAAUGUACUGGUCAAUCAUUCAAUCCACGUGUAAUAUUUUAUAAAUCUCGACCUCUGACACUUCUUGAUAUAGAAUUAAUUAAAGAUUUUUUUAUCAGGUACGAUUUUGCAAUAACUCACACAGCCUUUUCAAGUGUUGAACAUGAAUUUAUUGGUCGAAAGGAGUGUGAGCUGUGUGGAAUUUAUCACUCAAUAAGAUUUGAUUUUGAUACAUUUUUUGAUUAG